AUGGAAGAGUUCAUCACAAGGAUCAUUUGCCAAGUUGUAAAGGUUGGCAGGGGAUUUCAAGGAAAACAGGGAGUCAAAAGGUGGUCAGACUCCCAAUACAACAAUGGAGUCCCAGAAACUACCACUCAAAUCCCAUCUGUGAGUUCCACACCUACCAUCAAUGAUUCUACCACCUCAGGCGUGACUCCUCUUAUUCCAAAUGUUCCCAUCACAUCGACAGGAAAAAAUAAUCCCACCACAGCCUCUUCUAUAACUACAUCAACGCCACCAUCUUCUUCAGCCCCAUCAGAGACUACAACUACCCCACCCAUAGCUACUACAACCAUAUCAACAACAACAAUACCAUUUUCAAGUCCAUCAGAGACUACAGCUACCCCACCCACAGCUACUACAACCAUAUCAACAAUAGCACCACCAUUUUCAAGUACAUCAGAGACUGCAGCUACCCCACCUACAGCUACUACAGCCACAUCAACAACAACACCAUUUCCAAGUCUAUCAGAGACUACAAUUACCCCAACUACAGCUACUAAAGCCACAUCAACACCACAACCUUCUUCAAAUACACCAGAAGCCAUAUCUACACCUACUACCACACCUAACCCUUCCCCAGAUAUUCUUCCAAAUGAAUUUACAACUGUAUCUACAGGCCAAAGUACUAGUCCAACCACUACUCAAACUACUCCUGAUGAAAACAAAAUGUUAACUUCUCUCCUAAAUAGAAUGAUGGAAUUACUUCUUAAAAUGAUAAAUGGGUAAAAAGCUAUA